GCCGAAUGUACAGAUGGAAAGAAAAAGUGUAUCUCAAAAGACGAGACCAGGAAGGGAAAGUGGAGGAUAAUUGAUUGAGAAAUGAUCACAGUAUUUUGGCGUUACAUUGCCUGGAUGGUCAACACACUCAAGAUAAAUUUGUUGAAUUUCUUUUUUCACUGGCUUCUCUAUUAGAUUUGCGUGAAAAAAUAGCAUAUAUGUAUGUAUUUAUGUAUGUAUGUAUUUAUGUGUAUGUGUAUGUAUAAAUUAGUGUCUUAUGCAGUAGCAUUGUAUCUAAACUCAUUUGAAGUCCUGGCAUCUUUCAGUUUUGCAUAACGAAAAUAUAUAUAGACACAAAUCAUUCAGCAUUCAUUGCGAGGCGUGCCACCGAGGAACAUAUGUGAUAUUAGUGUCUAUGACUAAGGACAGAAUAUUUAUUCUGUUUUAAAUCGGUUGUUGAAAAUUCACAAUAAUCUGUAUAUGCAUGUAGUCAUAUAUGCUUUGUAGACGCAAAUAAGCAGCACACCACGCUAAUACUGUUACAAGGAGACUGAUGCAGGGGGACAAAUAUAAUGUAACACCGCGGAACUGAGCUUCAGAAAGGAGCUACUGAUCGGUCAGGGUUUUUUUUUCCCCCUUCACUGGAAGUCUAACAGGAAGAGUGAAAUCGAUAAAGAGCGAAACUAAGUUGCCAGGCUGAAAUAAUUUCAUUACGAUAUUGGUAGAUGACCUUUUGAAGAAAUCACAUGCUGUAAAACAUUGUUAUAUUUGUCCUAAAGGCAAACAUAUAGAGUGGGUAUAUACGAACGGGUCUUCGGGAUUUUUUUUACAUGUAAAAAAAAUAACGCGAUCGACUUUCGCUCUUCCGCGUUGCAAUGUUUCUUUCAAACGACAAACGGCGACUUUCAAACCGGAAAUCUUAUUGAACGGCAGUCUCUUCCUUAUACAUAAAUUUGAGAGGGGCCUGGUUGGAGCACAGAGCUCAAAGGACGCCAUGAGCAUCAUCGGUGCAGAAGAUGAGGACUUUGAGACUGACCUUGAGUCCGCAGUAGAUGACUACUGCAGCCAUUUUAGUAGUCUCGACCUGGUGAAGACCCGGCCCACCCACCUGCUGGUCUUCCUCCAACAUGUCAUGCUCCAGUUUGACUGCGCACCUUUGCUUUGUUACCUCCAUGCCGACCUCUUCAGGACCUACAAUGCCAAAGAGACCAAGAAGCAGUUCUCUGAUUUCUACAACACAUUUCUGGACAAGGGGGCGGUUCUCAGGGUGUCCAUUCCUAGCCACAUAGCCUUUGAGCUAGACCGCUUCCGCCCUGAGCUGCUGGGUGAUGAAACGCAGAAGCGCUUUGCCCUUGACAUCCAGAAUAACAUCUCCUCAGAGGUCGCCAAGCAGCUGGACGACUUCAGAACAAAGAGGAUGAUGGGAAUGACACCGUACGAGCAUGAGCUGAUCGAGGUAGAAAAUCACCGAGCCACAGAGAGGAUCCCGCUGGAGAUGAAAGAGAAGGCCAUGGCUGAAACGCUGCUGGACAAGAUGUUCGACAUCCAAACCCCAAUCAGUACAGAUGAGGAGAAAUUCUCCGCCAUCUUCAGUGCGGUUGCCUCCUUCAUGAAGCACCUUGGAGUGAAGGCCAAGGCCACGGACAACAAGAAGUCCAGGAGCUUUUUCUGGAAGAUCCCUGGAAGGAAGCCCGAUGAAACCAAAACCAAGCAGCGCUUUUUCAGUGACCCAGGACGUUGGAUAGGUGGCAGCAAUGAAAGCAAAACUAAAUUGGACAAUGAAGUUGACAAGGAGAAAUUUAACCAGGAGCGGAAGGGUUCAAGUGCCAAGUUCUCCCAGCCUGUGGCCCCCGAUCCCAACCCUGUGAAGAGGCCGUCAACUGCUGGCAUCGCAGGAGUCCGAGAAUCCCGCGAUGGGCCCGAGAACCUUGACGGGCCUGGGGUUAGCAUUAGUGUAAUCACCAGCCCGGACCCCCCAAGCACUGACCCUGGUGGAGGUCUAGACCCCCCGUCUGUAUCUGAGGGUGGGGAAGUGUCUCCAGUUGGGACGGUGGUGGGGCCGCCCAUUUGGGAACCAGCUCCUGCCCCUGACCCCCUGCCCGAGGACACCCAGGACAAGGACAGACGCAAGACAAGGAUGUCAGGGCGCCUGGCUCGCAGCGAGAGCCUGUGUGUGGAGCGACGCCGCUCUCACCGGGGUAGCUCCACACGCGGGAAGCAGUCGCGCUCCCGCAGUGACGUGGACCUGCAGGCGGCGAGCAGCCUUGCGUGCCCCCCCUCACCCUCCCAGCCGCACUUGCCCCCCAGCGGCGACCCCGGGACGGCUUCCUCCGACAGCCUGAUCCUCACCCCACUCCCGCAAGAGGAGGUGGAGCCUCGCCUCCUGGAGCUCGAGCAGGAUCCACCCAACUGGAGAGAUCAGGUGCCUGGAGGCGUUUUCAAGGGACUGAGCAAGAAGGAAAUCAAGAGACAGGAGGUCAUCAAUGAGCUGUUCACCACGGAGCACGCCCACGUACGCAUGCUGAGUGUGCUGCAGACUGUCUUCUUCCGUCCGCUCGAGCGCCGUGAGAUAAUGACCCUCCCCGAGCUCGGCACCAUCUUCCCCAACCUGGAUGACAUCUUCGAGAUGCAUUAUGCCUUCUAUGAGAACCUGAAGAAACUCAGGCAGGAGGACAACUUUAUCAUCAAAACGAUAUCCUCCACACUCCUGAACAGGUUCCACGGCUCGGAGGGCGAGUGGUUCCAGAAGCUGACAGCUCGGUUCUGCAGUCACCAAUCCUACGCACUGGACGUGAUCAAAAGCCGGCAAAAGAAGGACCCCUGCUUUGGGUCCUUCAUACAGGAAGCAGAGGCCAAGCCUCAGUGCCGGAGGCUUCAGCUGAAGGACAUCAUUCCCAUGGAGAUGCAGCGGCUCACCAAGUACCCGCUUCUGCUGGGGAGCAUUGCCAAGAGCACAGAGGACCCCAUUGAGAAGGAGAAAAUCGGCCAAGCUGAGGAAUGCUGCCGUAGAAUCCUUAACCACGUCAACGAGGUCGUGAAGGACAUGGAGAACCUUCUGAACCUGAAAGACUACCAGCGCAGACUGGACCCGUCAGGCUUGAAGCCCAGCACCGAGCUGUACCAGGAGUACAAGAAUCUUGACUUGACCUCCAGGAGGAUGAUCUUUGAAGGACCUGUCACCUGGAAGGUCACCAAAGAGAAAUCUGUCGACGUGCAGUGUGUCCUUCUGGGGGACCUACUGGUGUUGCUGCAGCGACAAGACGACAAGAUGGUCCUCAAGUGCCACAGCAAGACACAGUCCGGCGUCCCAGAUAGCAAGCAGAUGCUGAGCCCCGUCAUCAAGCUAAGCUCUGCCUUGCUGAGGGAGGUGGCCACGGACCAGAAGGCCUUCUACAUGAUCACUUGUGAGGGGGGUGCUCAGAUCUACGAGCUGGUGGCCAACUCGACCGUGGAGAGGAAGAACUGGACCAUUCUCAUCCAGUCCGUGGUGAAGGAGCUCAAGAUGAAUGGAGGCUCCACCUUGGAAAAGCCAAAGAUAAGCAACCUGCCCCCGACCAUAGCAGGGGUGCCCUACAGCCCAACCACCUUGCAUCCCCAGCUCACCCUGACGGAGAACGGCAGCGGACCCCGCAGCAUUAGCUCUGACCCAGAUAAGUUUGAAGCCAAAGGUGGAGACACCCGACAGGCGCUGAUUGAUUACCUGUCAGCCAAUGGGUUUGAGCUGCUCAGCCACAGCAACGCCCCUCAAGAGAAAGUGGCCAGUGGCGCGUUUGAAGAUGCAGUUGCUAUGCUGGAACAGUUGCUGGUAGGUGGUACUGCACCAAAAGCCUCUCAGCCAGAGGAAGAGAACAGAGAGGAUCUGGAGGCUGAUGGCAGCCAGUCGGCAGCAGAGGGCGACAGCACCGACAGAAAGAGCACAGCGGAGCAGGGAGGGGAAAAGGAAGGAGGCCCAGAUGGUGAGGGGCAGUCCAUAGUGCUGUCCCAGGACCAGGUGACUGAGGUGCUGAGGCGUCUUCAUAGCCUUGAGCUGCAUCUGAAACAGCUACAGGCUGUAGAAGAAGAACAUCACAGAUUGCAGGAUAUCCUCUGCAAGUUCUCCAUUUCGGCCGAAAGCUACCAGUAAGGCGGCCAGAAGGUGCUAAAAAGCCACCGGACACCAGUCCUCCUGCUUUGCCUGCAGCUUCACCCCCUCCCCUUCCCUUGCACCCUUCCAUUUCUGUCCAUGCUGGACCCCCAUGGGAAGGUUGGCUCCGGACGAUCAGAUGGACGAGCAGGUCCUCCUGGAUCCCACCAUGCCUUCAUUAGGCCUUCCUUGGUCAUCACUGAAGAUCGGUGGGAACUGGCUUGUUAUGGCUAAAAUAACACAAAUCUCAUCACAUUGGGGUAAAAAAAAACUGCCAAAGACAGGAUCUGUACUGUUUCUCUGAGUGGUAUAGUGCACUACCUUAGUGUAUAGAUUAUGAUCUGUAGUAAUGCAUGCACACAUACAUGUGCCACAUACAGUCUUGCCAAGUGUCAUUUUUACAGUGAAUGCAAGUUGGUGGCCAGGACUUCUACCAGUGGAGAUGAAAACAGCCAAAAUUAGUGGGUGACAAUCAAAUGAAGUUCUGUUUUGGAAUUUGUAUAUAUUGUUAUAAUAAUCUAUCCAGAUGCCAAUCAUUAAGAAAACACGUCUAUAUGGGUGCAAUUUUGCAGAUGGAGCAGUGCCAAUGAUUACUGAAAUUAAGAGUCCUGAGAAAACUAAAUUAGUUAACUGAUCUCAGGGCACGUUAGGCUGUACUCAGAGCUGGCAGGCAUAGUGUUAGUGUUUAGUAGCUGUUCCUCCAUCCUGAUGGUGUAUGUAAGGGAUGUGGUGUGGGUGGUGCAGAGAGUGAGGGAGAAUCAUGCGAAUUAAUUCAUUAAGAACAAAUAAGUGAUGAAAGCAGGAAUUAUCAGUGAAGAGGAGCGAUGGUUUGGAGGAACGUGAAUAUGGGGGCCGCAGUGGCCAUGGAUCGGGCGCAGGAGGGCAAGGGUGAUGGCAUGUCAAUUCAAUAUGCAGACAUGCACAUGCAGGCACUUCUCUGGACUGUAGUGUGGGACACGGUGAAAGGGUGUCACGUUCUCUGGACUGUACCACGUAGCACAGCGAGGGGGUGUCACAUGCUGGGAGCCAGUAACAAUGCUGUCAUAGUACGUAGGAUGAAAGUUAUAUCUAUAUCAACAGCAAUAUGUAUUUUUCUUCAAGAUGAUAAAUGGUAGUUUUUUUAUUUAGUCUUUUAAAUCUCCAGCAUCAGAGCAGGACCAAAGAUAGAACCUGAUGAAUAGAUUUAUUUUUCAGUAAAUUGUUUUCAUAUUAACCUUAUUCUCAAAAAAACCUUCAGCUAUCCUUCAAACUUCCCUUGAGGGUCUCAGUUCUUGUCAUUUUUGUGUCUAAGUGCCAGUAAAUCUCACACUCCAGCUUUCUUCACCCACAUGCUUACUAUAGCCAGUGACGCACAUUUCAUUUACCUGUGAGAGUACCCUUUGUUUCAGUGUUGCACCAACAUAUCUGCUUACAGCAGUAAGUCACUGUGAGACUCCUCCCCCGAAGGAUGGAGGCUGUCACCAUAGCAGGCCGUAACUCUAACCCUGUCCCCACUGUGGGCUCUACAUGAGCUUCUCCCGUUGUCACUGAAGCCACUGGCUUGACGUGGGUCACUGGCAGCGUCAUCUAAAUGAGUUAGAGCUCGAGACAUCAGCCAAGACACAGCUGCUGCAGUCCAUUACUGUAACUGUCCGCUUUCUGCUGAUGAUCAGUGUGCUUUCAUCUCUGCUGUAUUAUGCAGUUUAGCUUAUUUUUUAAGCAGGGCCUUGACACCGUAUAUAAGUUAAACCGCAACACCAUUUAUGACCUCUAGUUUCCACAGCUACUUCCCAUGUCCUAUCGAUGUACGUAGCAUCUUAGAAGCACAUGGCCAGAUUUGACUAAAUAAAUGACCUGUAAAUGCUUGUAGUUGAGAAGUAUUUUCCAGAGUACCCUCUAUGUCCUCUCCAUACUUGUUCCCCCCUCCCCCACAAAAACUCUGGGUCAAAGAUGCAGGACACGCGAGGAGGAGGGCAGAGAUCCUACUGACUGGGUUUCUACCAGGACCUAACUCUCCUGCCCUCUUCCUGCUAUGCCCCAUAAUGCAAUUUUAUUGAGUGUUUCUUUAAAUAUUCUCUAAUGGGCUUUUUUCAAAAUUACAGUCUAAAGUUCGUACUAUGCAUUGACGAACACGUCAGAGAUGUUCCUUGGAAAUCCUCAUCCAUCACAAGCAUGGAGACCAACAUUAAGCGUAACUGUCUACUACCAACACCCAUAGUUUGCCAUUAUAUCUGGCUGUAGUGAUCAGUAAAGACAUGUAGUGUCUCAUUUGGCUUUUGACCAUCAUUUCAUCAUUUGUAGGAAGGAGAUUCUCUCUGGUCUGUUCCUGCUGAACGUGCCUGUUUUGGCCUGGCAGUACGCAGCCUUGCGAUGCUGCAUGAGUGCAUGGAGAUGGCAGGGGUCCUAGCUGCACACACUGGGGGCUGGAGGCCACCAGGCCCCCUCCAUUCUCCUUGCAGCAGCCAGCCUAGUAUCAUCCCCCCUGCACACUUUCCACACACAUCCUAUAUGCAAAUACACAGACGUAUAUGUUUAAGAAUUAUACUUAUAUGGGUGCCUGGUAGUGAUCAAUCCUCCAUCUUUCCAAAGGGCUUUUCUGGAAACACUGUGGCGAUCCUUUGGUGCAUGAUCACAUUGAGUUAGGUUCAACGGUCAAUCAGAGUAUAUCUAGUGUCGUUUUGAUCUGUGCUGUAUCCACCUUUUUCUUUUUUUUUUUUUAUGGUGCUGUGCUCGUUUCUCAUCACUUGCCAAAUGCAGCUGGCCGUUUUCCCAGAUGGCAGUGUGGAGCAGGUCUGAUCAGAGAGGAGCUCAACACACAUUUAUCUGAUCUAUAUGGAUAUUCAAGAAGUAUACUGUGUAUUUGGGCUUUGAUUUUUAUCUGUAAGAGGGUUUUAAUUGUGUAAACUUAAGUAGAGGUACGUUUUUCUUCCAUUUUUUAAAUAAAUGAACCUGUUUCAGUCACA